AUGCUUAAUCUAUUUGGUAAAAAGUCUCAUCAGGAAGUUCCUCCAAUCAAAUCUCAACACAAAUCAAAGCCAAAAACCCCAAAGAAUUCACCUAAAGUUCAUCAUUCCCCUAAAUUUAUCCUGACACUGGAUUCCACCAAGGGAAUAGUCUAUAAUUCAACCAGAAUAUCACGACCUAAUGGUGUUGGGAGUACUAGUACUUUGGGAAGUUUGUCACCUACAGCUGAGUUUGUUACGUCACAAGUAUCAAAGUCUUAUGUAGAUCAAAAUAAAAAAAGACAAUCAUCACCCACCAACCAUAGACAUGAUGCAAAUAUUCCAGCAAAAGUAACAACAGGUGGCUCUUUGGAGCAUCCUAAUGGGAAAUCAAAACCUAGUAUACAACAUAAAAAGAAAAAGAAAGCUGGAGAAAGAGUGGUUACAAGGACUCGUCCAAUGAGAAAGAAUUAUCGUGAUAGAAGAAAUAGUGUAUCAUCUAGAGAGUCAUUAAUAUCAAGAGAACAGCGGAAUAAACAAAAUAGACACAAAGCAAAACCGCAUCAGGAAGUACCUAGAAAUACAAGUGUACAAGUAGUUCCAUCUGUUCCAGUUCCUAAUAACCUACCAUAUCCAAUACACGAUAUCAUGGAUACUAGCUUUGGAUCACAUUAUGAAGACACUAUUGAAGAUCAUGAAGAAGAAGAAGAAGGGGAUGAAAUGCCUUCUGGGUUUGAAGAAGUAAACAGGCGAUCAGUUUCACCUCAAAACAAGCAACAGAUCAAUGUUCUCAAUGCCACACGUAACGAAGUUCUGGAAUCAAAUCCUAGUGCAUUAGAUGGAAGUAACAAUAAUUCUAGAGAUUGCAGAAAUUUUACAGAACGCAAUAAUAGAAAUUUAGCCGUCCAGCAAGUGGGGGCAGUAGACAGCAAUCACAACCAGUCAUCGUUAGAAUCACAGAGAGUUGAAGCUGUAGCAUGUAUAUUGGAGAGAACAGGGAGUCUGGCUAGAGAUAGCAGACGUGCAAGAAGAGCUAGAGAAUUGAGACGACUGGCUAGUAUUCGUGAAAUCGAGCACUUGCAGCCAUCAUCGUCAUCAAUUAAUGGAUCUAGAAACCUGUCAAAUAAGAAUACUGGUCGCACCACCAAUGGAAGAAAUAAUAAAAGCAUCACUAUUGCUACCACUGACGUCAAUUCCCCGCAAAUGCAUUCUCAUGCAAGUCAAAGCAACUACAAUAUUCCCACUCCGGACUUUAAUGUCGCCGAACUGAUAAUACCAAAUCAAGUUGGAAGGCAGUCACAGUCACGUCAACCAACAGAUGUAUCCAUACAGGAGGAAACAACAACCUUAGCAACUCCAAUAUCGCAACAGCAAUCACAAUCACAAUCUAGAUUACAACAAACAAGAAAUGCUAUAAUAGAUAGAUUAAACAGUAGAAUAGAUGCCUCAAUGUUUCCAAUUGAUUUGAUAGACCCACCACCUUUGGAUGAGUAUUCCACUGAUGAUAGUAAUCAUCACCAUCACCACCAACACUACAACAACGGUCAUGACAUGAAUAAUGAACAGUGGGGUCAUUCUCCACCUUAUCGAGAGAAUUUACAUAAGAGAGUUGAUUUGAUAUCUUUUGACCCUCGAUAUUCGAUACCAGUGUUAAGAAUAAAUAAACGAUUAGUCAAGAAUUCAACAAAUUUACAUAAAAUAAUUCGGAAAUUGAUUAAAUUACAGAUUGUUCCUGAAGAUGUUAAUUUAUGGGAUAUUAAUAAAGUUGAUGAUGGUGAAUUUUAUAAUGUUUUACCAAGUUUAUUGAUGAAUGAAAUGGAAGUAAGUGAUCAACGUCAACACCAAGAACAACAGAGACAACAACAGGAAGAUUAUGAAAAUGAAUUACAACGAGCACUUGCCAUAUCAUUAGAAGAAGAAAAUCAACGAGAAAUGUUUCGAGGGUUUCGAUACCAAAAAUCAAGUACUAAUCGAGUCAUUGAACAAAUUGUCCAAUCACCAGAUGUUGAUUUGAAUCAUGGACGAUUUGUUGAUGCCAGUGAAGUACCAUUACAUGAGGAACCACUGCAAACACAAGAAGGACUGAGUUCACAACGGGACUUACUUAGAGGGUUUAGGUAUAACCAAUCAAGAGCAAGUAGAGCCGCUAUGAAUGGAUUAAUUGAAACAUCCAUGCUUGCCAAUAAUACUGUGAAUGAGAAUGAGAAUGAACAAGAAGAAAAUGGGGAUGAGUUUAUUGAUGUUGAUGAAGCAAUCCAUAGUUGGAGAUUGCACGACCUGCAAGAGAAUCAAUCAAAUAAUCAUAGAAGAUUGUCACCGCCUCAUUUUAAAUAUUUACAACCUCAUCAAAGUCAUUCCUCUGCUUCAUCGUUUAUGACUGCUUAUUAA